AGAUGACGUAAGUAAAGUAUUUUAUAAUAUUACUUCACUUUACAACUUUAUGUGCAAUUAAUAUAUUUUUUUGUCUAACUGACAUUUCCCUUUAUAUGCAGCAUAUAGAUGCAGCAAUGCAUAUGCUGAGGAGGCGACGCACCGACUAUCCACUGACAUUUCCUCAGAAGGGUAUCAUUCUCUCCACAUUCGUGACCGCCAUGAUCAGCAGUGCAUGGACGAGCCACAAGGGUCCGAGGAAAAACUUUAAAUGGGAGGAUUAUAUCCUGGACUACUGCACAGGGGCUCAUAAGUCCCAAGUCUUUGAGAGAUGGAGGGGUAACGAGUUUAUUUACUUCGUUCUGAACAUUCCCACGGCAAGGCACUGGGUCACAGUUGAAGUCGACAUAGAGCUGUGGAAAAUUAAUGUCUACGACUGUGAUUCCAGCGUCUGUCAUUGGACUGCCUUGGAACCCAUCCUGAAGGUUUGGGCGUAA